AUGGCUGACAAUGCUGAGUACAAAGAGGCUUUUGCUCUUUUCGACAAGCGGGGAACCGGUUUUGUACCUCGCGAACAAAUUGGAGAUCUUCUCCGCGCCCUCGGUCAGAACCCAACCCAAGGCGAGGUUGCAGAGAUUGCCAGCAACGCCCCGCGCGAAGUCGAUUAUAAAACAUUCCUGGCUAUCUUGAACCGUCCCGAUGGCUUCAAGCCCGCAGGCACUCCUGAGGAAUUCAUUCGUGGAUUCCAGGUCUUCGACAAGGAGGCUCGGGAAAAGAUGACUGACGAAGAGGUUGAUGAGCUUCUGAAAGGCGUUCAAAUUGGACCAGACGGAAACGUAAACUACGAGAGCUUUACUCGUAUGAUCCUCAGCCAAUGA